AUGGUGCUCGCCCUCGCGCCCGCCCCCCUGGCACGCCGCCCUGCCCUGGUGGCGCACUCCAGGCCCGGGCGCACAAAGCCGCGCCUGGGCCGCCUGGCGCUGCUGGCAGCACCCUCGGGCUCAGCAGCGCCCUCGGAGCGGGGCCUCGCGUCGCGAGCGCUGCGGGUGGCGCGGGCGCUCCUGGCUGCCGCGGGCGGCCUGCUCGUGGCGCGCCGGCGCCGGAGCGAGGCGUCCCUGGACCGCGCCUGGCACGCUGCCCUGGAGCUCCGGCCGGCCCGCCAGCUCCAGCGGGGCUCGUCACUCCCGCGCCAGGCCUGCCGGGCCCCCACGCGCGCCAGGGCGGAGCAGGCCGUCGAGCGAUCGCCACUGCCCGAUCCAGUCCUGGGCCCCGGCGCCGGCGCGACGGCCGCGGCCGCGCGGGAUCCCGACGUCAUCUUCUUGGGGAAGUCGGCGCCCAGCAGGGGGGCGCGCGCGCCGAGCGAGGAGGGGAUCUCCGCGGCCACCGCGGUGCUCCGGAGGAUGGUGGAGAGGCCGUACUUGAGGGCGGGGUCGACAUACCGGAGCGACCAGCAGUGGGGCGACACUGGCGCGGCGGUCUCGACGGCGUUGUCCGUAUUCGAGGGCGACAGGUUUGAGCUCGAGGUGAGGAGCCUGGACUCCAAGGCCGGCGGCAGCGAGGGCUGGAUCCGCUUCCAGGGCGGCAUGACCUUCGAACCUGUGCAUGGCAGGCCAGGCGUGAAGCGGGCGCUGCUGCGGUGCACCGACCCGGCCCAGGCGAUAGAGUACGACGAGGCGGUGCUGAACAGGGGCACCUCCUUCGUCUUCGGGUGCCUGAAGCGGAUGGCGCGUGCGACAUUCGAUGCUCUCGUGCUGGAGGUCGACAUUGCGGACGACACAGUGCGUCUGAAGCCGCAGGCUUCGAUCCUCCGCUUCUUCUGGGACCAGCCCGUAGACCUGCAGAGGACGACCGAGCGAUCGCCAGAGGCGCAGAGGCAGCGCCAGCCCCAGCUGGAGCGCAGCCCCGAGCGGCGCAACCCUCUCGCCGCGUUCAUCCCGAAGGACUGGCCCCAGCUGCGGGUCGGAGUCGGAGUGCUCACUGCCACGGCGAGCGGCGGCGGGGCGCCCCGGGAGCUCGCGGCGGUGCUCUCCUGA